CACUUAGAUAAAGAGUACAGCCAAACUACAUUGAGUAGUUGAACAUUGGCAGAACUCGUGUCAAAUUCUAACCACCAAAGUCACCAGAACCGUUUGAGCAUUUAAUAUGGGAAAAAGAAAAUGCCCUUUGCUUGUCAUUGUUAGUAUUCAGCGGUGAGCAAAGGAAAGGUGCUGUAGAGGCAGGGAUUCAAGAAGAGAAUGGAGGAACAAGUCACAGCUAAAGAAGAAGCAAAAUCUCAACAUGACGGUGCAUUGAAAGAUAGCACUGAAGCCGAACUCACCAAAAUUGCUCUCAUGAGAGCCUUUGUCGAAAGUCGAGAUCCCUCUUCUAAGGAAUUUGAUGAUUUGAUGAUUAGAAGGUUCUUGCGAGCUCGUGAUUUAGAUGUAGAGAAGGGUUCGGCAAUGUUCCUCAAGUACUUGAAAUGGAAACGUACAUUUGUUCCAAAUGGCCAUGUAUCACCGUCAGAGAUUGCUGAUGAAAUUGCACAGGAAAAGAUGUACGUGCAAGGGGUCGACAAGAAGGGUCGACCCAUAACAGUUGCCUUUGCUGCAAAACAUUUUCAAAACAAGAAUAGUGUGGAUGGAUUCAAAAGGUAUGUAGUGUAUGCUCUUGAUAAACUGUGUUCAAGGAUGCCAGAGGGGCAAGAAAAGUUUCUUGCGAUUGCAGACAUUAAAGGAUGGGGAUACGCAAACAGUGACAUCCGUGGAUACCUUAACGCUCUUUCCAUUUUGCAGGAUUGCUACCCAGAAAGAUUGGGGAAGCUGUUUAUUGUCCAUGCACCUUACCUGUUUAUGAAAGUUUGGAAAAUUAUUUACCCUUUCAUUGACGACAAUACCAAGAAAAAGAUAGUGUUCGCGGAGAACAAAAAACUGACAUCAACAUUGCUGGAAGAGAUAGACGAGACUCAACUCCCAGACAUAUAUGGAGGCCAAAUGCCAUUAGUCCCUAUCCAACAUAGCUGAUUAAAAAUCACAUUCCCAAAAAUAAAUAAAUAAGGAGACGAAUAUAAUAUUUUUUAUAUUUUUAACUAAACUCAAAUUAAUUUUUGAAAUUGUAUGAGUUGGAUAUUUUAGUUUGUGAGAUUUUAAUUAAUCUUUACUUUGC